GUCACCAUUGACGACCAAUUCGGAGAUAACACGACAGGUUUCAUUCCUGUAUAUCUACCCAAUGACGGAACCUGGCACGUCGGCUCCCCCUCGGAGGACUGCGACAGCUGCAAGAUCAAACCCUCCACCCUGGAUAUCAGCCAGAUACACGACCAUACCUGGCACGAUGCAACUCAUACCCCCGGGCUGACCCCUGCUCAAAUCAUCGUGAAUUUCACAGGAACUGCAGUGUAUGUCUACAAUAUCGUGCCCAACUCCCUCCCUAACAGCACGACGACCUUCGUCAACAUCUCCUUUACCCUCGACGGAUCGGAUGCCGGUAGUUUCGUGCGCCAUCCAGAUCCCAAGACCGAAGUCAUACAGUACAACCAACUCGUUUAUUCGAAGAAUGGGCUUGAAAACGUUCCCCACACCCUGGUGAUGACCUCAGGUGGCGACCCCAAGUGCCUUGUGCUCUUCGACUACCUCCUGUACACC